UAGGCGGGGCGAGAUUCCCUAACUCACACAAGAGGGCACAGGAGAGAAAGAGAAGGGAACGAAAGAAGAUCGAGUUGCGGUGGCCACUCACUACUAAGAACCACCAAAUUCCAUUAACCACUACCACUGCUCACUGUGCACCACGCCGUUAUAGAGAGCGAGAGAGAAGAUGGGAACACUGGGCAGAGCUUUUUACACCGUUGGAUUCUGGAUCCGCGAGACUGGCCAAGCCCUUGAUCGCCUUGGCUCCCGCCUCCAGGGCAAUUACUUCUUCCAGGAACAACUGUCAAGGCAUCGACCUCUGAUGAAUGUCUUCGACAAGGCUCCUGUGGUCCACCGGGAUGCUUUUGUGGCACCUAGUGCCUCCAUCACCGGCGAUGUUCACGUUGGCCAUGGUUCUUCCAUUUGGUAUGGAUGUGUUCUUAGAGGUGAUGUUAACAACAUUAGUAUUGGAUCUGGAACUAAUAUACAAGACAAUACUCUUGUUCAUGUUGCCAAGUCUAAUUUGAGUGGAAAGGUUUUGCCAACUAUCAUUGGAGAUAAUGUCACUGUCGGACAUAGUGCUGUGUUACAAGGAUGCACUGUUGAGGAUGAGGCAUUUAUUGGCAUGGGCGCAACCUUGCUUGAUGGUGUAUAUAUUGAGAAGCACGCCAUGGUUGCUGCUGGAGCUCUUGUCAGGCAGAACACAAGGAUUCCCUAUGGAGAGGUUUGGGGAGGUAAUCCAGCAAGGUUUCUGAGGAAGCUCACUGAAGACGAAAUGGCCUUCUUCUCACAAUCUGCCUUAAAUUAUUCCAAUUUAGCUCGGGCUCAUGCAGCUGAGAAUGAGAAAGAACUUGAUGCAACUGAAUUUGAGAAACUUGUUCGAAAGAAGUUUGCUCGUGGUGACGGGGAACAUGAUUCAGUGCCUAACCUUUCAGAUGAUGUUUUGCUAGACAAAUCAUCGAAGGCUUCUUAGAGUUUUCUUUUCUUUUUCUUUUUUAAUCUAAGUGAGCAUAUUUUAUCUGCGAUUUUCUGGAGAAUGGCCGCAUUUGUUUCCAAUAAGUUUGUGGGCUCUUACUGAUAUCUCAAAUAUUCAAAAAAGAACAUGCUGCAUCUUGGCGUAUAGCUAUACUGUGUGGCCAAUUCGAGCUUUACUUUCUGUUUCUUGGUGAGAAAAAGAGUGGAACUAUUUGGUAAUGUUUCAGUCAUCCAGAGACAUAUAUCUACAAUUCUAUAACGUUGUAGUUGGACAUGUAUUCUAGAAUAAUAAAGGAUAUCAGUUCAGAUAAGCCAGUUGAAUCUGUAUUUUCAUGGAUAAUAAUUUAUGUUCUCUUCAUCA